AGCAGCCUGCAUUGUGAACAGUGAACAACCCACCCACUCCUCGCACUCGCACUCCCAAACCGCUGUUCUCUGUGCCACCACUCAUGAGACAGCCUGACGUUUUGAUGCUGGCAACCCUCACGGCUCGGCCCACGCUUGUGUUUCGCAGCCGCUCCUCGACACCCCACCGCGUCUGGCAACACCACCCACACCCAGCCCCGCGCCUUGCAAACACGCCCAUCCAAGGCACCAGCGCCGUCUACGCGCGUCGCUGCACCGUCCACGCGCGUCGCUGCACCGUCCUGGAAUGCAAUGUAGUGCAAUGACAGCAACGACAGCACCGGCAGCAACCCCCACACGGCCACGCCGUCUCAGCGACCGCGUCAGCCAGCGCGGCGUGUGUGAGGAUGAUGCCUGAGGUUUCACCGUGAGCUGCGCCAGCACGCCUUGGCGCGGCUUCGUUUCGCAUCUGACUUUUGCGCGCCCGUCGUGUACAAAGUAGCUAUCCCGCUCCUAGCCCUCUCUCCCGCGGACCCUCUGCAAACAGCACCACGUGCGCGUCUGAAGUUCAAACUGGCCUGAAAUGGCGCAAAGUCGACCGUCUGCGUUUCACGUGCUCCG